CUGUCUGUGAAGUGGUGCAGUUUAUCUUUAAGGAGGCUAGAGAAAUAAGAAAUGAGUCUCACGUUGCAUGGGUGACAUCACUGGCUUUUGGCUCCGUGCUCUGUAUUCUCUGUCUGUAGGCUUUAGCCAAGGCUGCAGGGCUCAGUGUUUGAACAAGGCAAGAUUCCCAGGUGUACGGAAGAUUGGAUUCACUCUUAUUUGGGUUAAAAAACGGUGAAAUGAGAUUUCUAAAGCUCACGGACUCCAGCUCGCCUUCUGUUGCUUUUGAUUUCUACAAGAUGGGUGAGUUAUUCCCACUAGAGAGAAAGGGAGUGGAAAUUUAAGGAGAAAAAAAAAAAAAAAUGUCUGAAUAUAUAUCUGCUGAUGCCGGGGAUACAGUUCACAUGAAGCUGCUGAGCUAAAAUCCUCAGCCCCUACGUGGAGAGCAGGCCAUAUGGCAGAGAAAUGGUGCAGACCGAAAGCUGUUGACAACUGUUAGGGGCUGCUUUCCCCUCCCCGUGUAAGAUGGUUAACGUGCCCGUGUGUUAGGAAAACUGUGCACAACAAACCGAGGCGGCGGUGACGAAGGAAGCCGUUCAGAUACCAGCGGAAGGGGGUGGAAGAAGGAUGCUGGGGCCGAGGACCGCUUCCAGAGCUGCCUAGCGGGAGGUGCGCGCUUCCCGCUCCGUGGCAGCGCAUCCGGAGGCCCCCGCGGCUCCCUUGGUGCCUCUCGCCCUGUCUGGGUGCAGACAGCCGCCUGCUCGCUGCCACGGCGGGGAUUUGGGGUAGCUCGGGCUACGGCUGGCCAGGGAAGGGGUCGUUGCACGAGGCUGCCCUGAUGCCAGCGCAGACAACGGGACCGGCCGAGUGAACGGCGAGGCUGGCGGAGAGGAGCUGAGGUGUCUCGGAGGGCGGCUGAGGUGUCUCGGAAGCCAGGAUGCCGGCUGAAGUCUGCUAAGGGAGAAACCUGUGCAUGCCUGCAUUUCCAGCCACAGCCGGGGAGCUUGCGUUUCAGCCGCGAUUUAAGGCAGCAGCAGCAGCAGCAGCAACAACAGAUUGCUCGCCCUCCUGCUCCCUCCCUUUCGACCCCGCUUUAAACCCAAGGCAGCGGCCGUCUGUCCGGAUGAUGCUCUUGCUGGGCUGCUGACAAAGACAAGGCAAGUCACCCCUCUUGAACCCGGGACAGCCGCCCGCCUGCAGCGUGGGAGCCUGCUGGCUGGUGAACUUUUCUGUCUUGUGAUGCUGGGCUGAACCUCCAGGUCUGAAAGCCAUCCCUCCCGUAUUUCCCAGCUGGUCAGACUGAAGGAGAUUAAUGGACUGAUCAAAGAGCCGUAGCUCUCGAACCUCGUCGGGGGGGUUGCUCCUUCAGCCCCCACAGCCCGGGUGCUCGUGGAGACGGCAACAGGACGCCUUUGUAUAGGCGGGUCACCGGCUUGCUUCAGGCAGGAGGCUGUGUUUCUCCUCGCCAGGUCUCCUCCGCAGAGGAGCAGAGGCAGAUGAGCCCCCAGGACUGCCCCCAGGGCAGAACUUUGUAGCGCUCUGGGCGUCCCCCCGCAGCGUGGAUGUGAGCCGCACGCGUUGGGGAUGUCUCAGGCAGCCUCUGCCCAGUGACACCCAGCAGCUGCUCCGGAGGAUUCGGCGUGGUCUCACGCUCAAGGGCUUUGCCUGUAGUGAAGAUGCCCAUGGUGUUUCUGUGAAGCUGAGGUAUGGCUGCUGGAAGGUUGCUGCUGUAUGCUGGCCUCUCUUUAGCUCUGUGUGCCCUGGGCAUGCUGGCUGUGGCAAUCUGCUCUGACCAUUGGUACGAAACUGAUGCCAGGAAGCACAGAGAGAGGUGCAAGAGCAUCACCACUAAGAGAAAUGAUCCUGGCUUCAUAUAUAACUCCAACAACAACCUGCCUCUCAGGGCCAGCAGGUCGAGGUUGGACCGCUGGGAAGGGAAACUCCUCUUGGCAAGGAACAGGAGGCAGAUCUUUGCCAUGAGUGCAGUCGAUGAGUGCAACAGACAGUACAACUCAACCAACAUGGGGCUCUGGAGGAAAUGCCACCGGCAAGGGUUCGACCAAGAGCUGGAGGAGCUGAUUGCCAAAGGAGCAAUUGAGCGGUGCACGUACAUCAAGUACCACUACUCCUCAGCGACCAUUCCCAAGAACCUCACCUACAACAUCACCAAGACAAUCCGCCAGGACGAGUGGCAUGCCUUGCAUCUGCGCAGGAUGACAGCUGGCUUCAUGGGCAUGGCCGUGGCCAUCAUCCUGUUUGGAUGGAUUAUCGGGGUGCUGGGGUGCUGCUGGGAUCGAGGCCUUAUGCAGUAUGUGGCGGGGCUUCUCUUCCUCAUGGGAGGAACCUUCUGCAUCAUUUCACUGUGCACGUGUGUGGCUGGAAUCAACUUUGAGCUCUCCCGUUACCCCCGCUACCUGUACGGACUUCCCGACGACAUCAGCCAUGGCUAUGGCUGGUCCAUGUUCUGUGCGUGGGGGGGCCUGGGCCUCACUCUUAUCUCUGGCUUCUUCUGCACCCUGGCCCCUUCUGUCCAACCUGUCCCCAGGACCAACUGCCCCAAAUCUAGACCUGAGAAUGGGACAGUGUGCUAAAACAAAUAGCAAACACACACACACACAGGUAUAUAUAUAUAUAUGUCUAUGUAUACCGAUACAUGCAUAUAUAUGUAUAUAUAAUUAUAUAUAUAUAUAUAUAAUCUCAAAUUAACGCCAGUGCCAAGGUAGAGCUGAGUCCAACACGGCACUCACAUCUCCACCAGACUCUGUGUUGCUUCGUUCUUUCUCACAGAGAUGGGAAAGCUUUUCUCUCACGUGGCUCUUCCAUCCAACUCUUAACUUCAGCAUCAUACCUUAGAGGCCGAACGAACAUACUGUCGCACCUACCAGCUGCCACCCGGGAACGGGGAGAGGGCGUCCGUGGGGGGAUCUGGAAACAGAUUCUGUACAGGACAUGGAGGGUGGGGGGACAGAAGGCCUGUCCAUUGCAGCCAGAAAGGAAAAUGCAAACAGAAAGCAAAGAAACAAAUCAAGCAUUUGAGCCACCUCUACAAUGUAUCUCCUCAAGGCCAUUGUCAGAAACCCACCCACUUUUUUUUUCUUUCUUAAAACAAAAUGACAGAAGCCUACCCUGUUCGUUUUCUUUCUUUUUUCUCUCUCUCUUUUUUUUUUUUUUCUUUUCUUUUUGGUUUGGGGAUCUCUCUUUUUUUUUUUUUCACUUACAACACAGAAAACAGAAUGGACAGACAAUGUGGGGAAAAGCAAAAAAGCAUUUUCUCUUUCCUGCCAAACUUUAGAAAGAAGCAAGCAGAUGAAAAUAAUAAUAAUAAUAAUUUAAAAACAGGAUCUUAUGAAAUAAAACCAGAAAACAAUCAACAACAACAACAAACAUGAGGACAUCUCAGCGGACUCUCCAACAACACGGUUUUAAUCUUCCAGCUGCCUUACAUCCAGGCUUACAACUGAGGCUGAACUGCUAAUGCAAACGCAGUCGAAGGCCUUCUGAAAAUGCUGUGAUACAUGUGUGUAUAACUUUUUCUUCCCUCUUCUUCUUUUAUUUAUUUAUUUUUAAGAAAAAGAAAAAUUUAAAACAUUGCAGUGUGAUUGUCCACUACACCAUCCAUGCUGUGUUUGUGGCCCAAGACUGAGGCAACCACAGAAGCGCGAGGAAAGCCGUCAGGUCUGAGGUGGCGUGGCUCCUCUGGAGGAUUUCUGGAUGUUUUUUGCUUUUCAUGGAGCAUCUGAGAGUUCAGGAUGGCGGAUGCAAGGGAAGACUGACCAGGGAGAAGGGAGGUGGGGGGAGCCGUGGCAAUUGUUCCUCCCGGUUAUUUACUGGAUUGGGAUUUUGUUGAGUUUCUAUUUUGGAUGUUUGAGAAAACUGGGCAAAAGCCAGUGCCAAGGAGAAAAGGGGAGCUAAUGUCUGUAAGGGAGAAGUAAGAGACGCCUCUUGCUGUGUUCAUGUAUGCCAAAUGAGACGUUCCCACAUCUUGUCUUUGCAAACCACCCCAGUUCACUGGACAUCUCCACUCUCCAUCUGGGAGAACUGUGUACAGAUGAAAGGAAAGGGUCAGAUGCAGAGAACGGAGAUCCAUUUCCCAUGAGCUCAAGCUUUGUAUGAUAUAAUUGUGAAUUCGCAAAUAGGACUCUCUCUCUCUCUCUCUCUCUUUUGGUCUUUCUCUUUUUCCCUCUACUCCUCUUCCCAUUGCCUCUGUUUCCCUUUCUCUGCUCUUCCCAUCCCUCAGGCCACAGAUCCCAGAAGAGCUAACUGAGCAGAUAGGGGGGAUGAGUGCCUUUGGGGGGAGCAAAACAAGGGCAGCAGCUCUGCCCAGUGGAACUGUGGCUGAGGGAAAGGUGGGGCGUAGGGCCAGAGGGAGCUGGGAGAGGUGACUAUUGAGUGGCUGCGCAGGAGUGGUGGCACCACUGACAAAUGCAGAGGGAGGCAGGGCAAAGCAAAAAAAUCCUCCUCCCAAACAACCCGACCCAACAUGCUCUUAAUUCAGGGAUAGUUCCAGCAAUCCUUUCUUACACACAGUAACUGCAUGCCAUCAGUCCUCAUUAGUCCCCUGAAUCUGCAAAAACUCACCAGGAGAAGGAGGCAAACUGUUGAAACUGUGCCUGCUGCACAGAAAUAAAGGCAUUAAUCUCCAGAUCAUGCUAUUUACACAGCUGUCAAGAAACAGUGUUUUGCCUUGUUAAAAUAAUAAAAAAAAAAUCCAACCAACAACUAAUUGUUUUGCAGCCCAGUCGCACAGCCAGCCAUUCCCCUUCCAGGCCUGCUUCCCCUCCCUGUUACACCUUGUGUGAUGUUGUUGCUUUAUUAACAGUGCCCGAAGAAAUCAAGUUUCUGAAGGGCAUUUUGGAGUAGGCUAGAUUUGGUUUUCUUGCACUCUUGCUCAGCUACUUAGCUUUUCUCUUCUCUGGUUUACAAAUCCGAGACGCCAAUGCCAGCUGCCAAGUAGUGCGUUGCCACUGAAAUGCCAUUCCUGGCAAGCGAAGUUUUGUCAUUUCAUUCUCCAUUAGAUCUGAAUGGAGAAACUAAGUAUUUAUUCAUGUCGAAAAUAUAAGCUUUUUGAAGAAACGUUCUUUUAAAGUAGACUGAAUUUUAUUUUUUUUUUCCUGGCAAUGUUUUCAAACAGAGCAGCUUUGAGAAGCUUUGAAACUGAAUAUGCAAGUGCCCACUAGGCAAGGAGGCUGAUGAGUUAUCAUUGGGCAGAAGGCAAUUAAAACUAAAAACAGCUCUUGGAAAGCUAAAUUAAAACUGAAUGCAGAAAACUAAACAUUGAAUACCAAAAGGGACCUGUAAAAAAAAAAUUGUGAAAAUUUUCAAAAUAUGAACAAUUUUGAAAAAAAAAAAAAUCUCACAAGGGUGUUAAUGCUUUAGAAAACUGGUAAUUGAUUAAAACAAUUUUUCUUUGAACACAAACUUUCCUCCUCCUCUGUAGUUCUGAGUGCAUUAGGGAAACUGUUUCAUGUGAAUACUGAUACCUGGAGUGACCUGGGUAAGCUAAAGGGCACAGAGGUUUCUAGCUGGUGUCCACCACCAAGCCCUGUGGCACGGAAAGCGGUACGAGAGCUGCUGUGAUGAGGUACAGCCUCGUGUGAUCCCUGACAAUGCACAGGGUGUGUUCUCUUACAGGUGGAGUUUGGAAAGAGGUAUAGCAGUGGGAUUUAAAGCAAUGGAAGGCACUUUGCUGUUUCAUGGCCUCUCACAUCUUCUUUCGGUGGCUGGCAUGAAAGCAGUUCUGCCUAGAUGAAGUGUUCUCUGAAGGUGUUGGUUGGCUUACAAGCUGUAUACGAGCUGAGUGUUGGUCUGUGCGUGGCGAUGGUGGAGGAGAGAGAGGUUUAUUUUUCCUUACAGCCGAGAAGUGUUAACCCUGGAUCUUUAGGCCAGGUCUGGGAUUUUCCACUCGCUAUAGCACAGGCUCCCUAAGGCCUGUAUGAGCAUGAAGCGUGUUAAAAACCGUGGGUGUAAGUGCCUGAAGCAGCAGGUGAAUGCAUAACCUUAAUCUCAAGCUGGAUCCCUAAAGGACCAUUUGUCCAAGCACCAGUUCUCUCAUCUUUGCAGGGCUGACUCAAAAGACAUCCAGAUCCAGAUUUGUGACAGUUCGUGCCUCCAUCUCUCCUGAGCCAAAGCACACUCCCAUCUAGUCUGAAUUUCUGCAUUUUUGGGAGGCUUUGAAAUGCCUGUCUGAGCAGAAAUUCAAGCUUUUUGACUAGUGUCUGGUUUUCUAGUUUCAGCCAUACUUAGAAGUCUGUCAGCUGUGGUCCCCACGUUAAGGGGCUUGACCCAGUCUCUCUGGUCUGCUCCGGUGCGGUGUUUAAGCAUGUGCUUUACUUCAAGCAUGUGACUGAUCCCGUUCACUUUGGUAGACUAUUCAUAUGCUUAAAGUUAAGAAUGUGCUUUGCUGGGUGACGUUCAGCUUCCCGCAGAGUCCCGCCCCCGUCCUUGUUUUCCUACCCUGUCCUUGUGGAUGAUGUGACGCCCCUGUCCUAGCCCGAUGUGUCAGCGGGUGCUCGGACUCCCCCUCUCCACAGGAAGCAGUCCCAGGGGAGCGGGGUGAAUGUGCCCAGCGCGCUGCGAUGUGCAGGCUGAGGCUUAUGUGCAGAGAGUCUCCAGCUCGUGUAUGGGGGGUUGUCCCGGGACAGCAGUGAGUUAGCUACAAGGGCUUCUGCUGUCCAUCCCUGCCAGGGCACUGUGUAGGUGAGGGGGCUACGUGGCAGGAGUCCCUGUGCUCUGUGUCGUCUGGACUGUGUAGGACACCUUCUUCAAGCUAAAGCUGUUUGCGUGUUGAAAUUCCUGACUCAUACUGGCCACCUGUAUAUAUCAUCUCUCCCUUCUCCUUCUCUGCAAACACACAACUGAUCUUCCCUGAUCUGAAGAGAAUAGUGCUUCAAGUUAUAUUUCUAGUUGGGCUUUCUUCUUCCUUCAUUCUACCCCAGGGACAGUCACAAGUGGAUCACAAGCCACCGGUGACCAGAGCAAUUUCUUUGAAUUACUGCUUUUGAAAAAAUGCCAUUACUUUUGAAAAUGUUAUGCCAGCUACAGUAACAGAUGAAAGGAAAAAGAAAACCAAAAAACCCUCAGAGUCCUCUAAGCAGAGGAUCCUGUCCUCCCAGGAGAGACCUGCGAGAGUGCAGGUACGCUGCUUUCCUGUAGAUGGGAGUCAUUUGGGAGCACUUUUAGCUGUGGCACGUUCGCUGUGUGGUUCAUCAGAUGAUGAAUAGAACAGCACCCGUAAGGGAGAGGAUUGUUAUGCAGGGGAUAUCUCAGAUUCCCAAGUGUUCCUGGAAGACUGUCUCUCCAUGGCUGUCCAUUUACCCACCAUGCAGCACCUCUGAACAAGGCUCAUCCCUGGAGCCCCACUGAUAAGCAGAGCUCAGAAGAAAAUCACUGUAAUCUGUCCUUAAUUCUUGAGUGCCAAGCUAACUGCCAGGAGUGAAAUGGAGAGGAAAUAAUAUGUUACCAAGUAUAGCUUAAAUAAAGACAUGCAUUAUUCAGGCUCUUUCUUCUUUGUGUCUCUACAUAGGCGUAGAAGGGCUAUAGAGGAGCUCAGGCACAUUCACACAAACCAGACCCGUGUAUCAACACUGCAUUUCCUUGCCCCCAGGUUUUUCAUGGCUUCCAUGGCCCAAUUGUGUUGUGCUCAUCCAGUCAGCAAGGGGGGACUCAAGGUGAAAAGCUGAGACAGUUCUGAAUGACUGCCAGGCACCACGGACAGACAAGGAGCAAAAAGUGUGCAUGAGGCAUGUAAAGGUUAGUGAUGAGUGAAUAUCCCAGGUCAGGAGCUGAGUUUCAAAGAAACCUAAAUUUUGUUGCUGACUUCAGGCUCUCCAUAAGAUCUUGAUUCUGACACUCUGAGCUGGAAAGCUCAUAAAAAUGGGGCUUAACUCAACGUUUAAACCCCCCAGUUUCCUAUAACAGCCAGGAAUAUAGCGCAUCCAAUUCAUACUCUGUAGAAGCCCAUAGAAAGCUUCUCCUUGGCUCCAGUGGGUUUUGGAUCAGGUGUCUCAAAAAAUAUUGUAGUGCUGUCCUGGUUAGUACUGAAAAUGAAAUGCAUACUCACACACAUGGACACCUAAUGUUUAGCUUUAGAAAGAAAUCAGUUUUGUUUUUUUUUGUGUGUGUGUGUGUGUGUGUGAUUUAUAGUUUCCAUCCUGUCAGCCUCACUGUCUCCCAAAAUCACUAAUACCCCAAUCCUAUAGCUUUCUUCAGAGCCAUAGCUAGAGAUCGAAACACUUUUUAAAACAAAGAACCUACUGCUGGUGCCAGUGGGCUCUGACAAGCUUCCUGUUGACAUCAGUGGGAGAACUGGAGCCAGAUACAAUGCUGUCAGUUUAAUUGUAGUGUGCCUUGCACAUACUUAGGAUUUUACUUGAAGAAAGAGCCUGGACGGCUGUCUCAAUAUAGGCCCCAAGGGGGAAAUGAAAUGCUGGUCCCCUUAAGUAAAGCACUCCAGAAUCACAGAUCAAUUGUCCUUCCUUGCUCAGGAAAGACUGGCAGUGAAACUAACUGAGACUCAGAUUAUCUCCGGAGGAAGGUAGGGAGAGAUAAAAAGGAAACCAAGCAGCAGUUGCUAUAGGUCAGACUUGAUGGGCAUUGGUUGAGUUACACAAGGAUGAUCCGAUGUCACCCACAGCAUCAGCAGCCUGAAUUGUCAGUCCCUGCCAGGGCAGGGACUUUUAUAUUUUUCUUUUACUGAUUAACACUCCUGCAGUGGCAGAAAACAACUUCAAAAGUUUUCUAGUGUAGGGUGUAUAUACAUGGACACCCUCACUCCCCUCCUUCCUUAGGCGCACACACACAUACAUACCCCGCAUGAUGUGGGUGCUAGUAACCUGUAAAUACGUGUACUAUAUGGAGAGGAAAUACAUUGCAAAAUGCAGCAUAAUACUUUAUUUUCUAUUCUUUUGUACUUAACUCAGGAGUUGCAAUGCAAUUCAGGUGUUAGGUUGUGUGUGCAGAUCACACAGAAACUAUCUGCUACAGAGAAGUGGGGAGGCACCAUACAGCUGGGAGGAACUGGAUAUUCACCACUGGAGCGUGUUUGGAUAUUUAGGAAAGAGUUGCCAAUGUUGUUCUGAUCCCAGAGGUGUGGGGAAAGGAAGCAGCGGAGACACACGUAGGUCUCUCUGCCUGCCUGCUUUGCCUGUUGACAGAUACAUCCAGCAAAAAGGGGGGCAGGGAACAGCUCAGGGCAGUAACAUCCUGAAACAUCGCAGCAAGUCUCUAUAGAGCUGACCAUCAGUGCUCUUAAAUAUGGGGUUUCUACAGACCUACUUCUGUAUCCAGCCAGUCCUGAGCUAGCAAUUCUACCUCCGAAAAUGCAGUUGUGCCCACAAGUCCUUACUACCUUCUAGUGCCACAGACCUUGGCAGGAAACACUGCCAAGUGUGGUACAAAUGGGAUUUGCUUUCUGAACUGUAAGGCUACUGAAAAAAAAAAAAAAAAAAAAAAAAAAAAAUCUCAUCAGGAGAGCCUUGGUAUUCACAAGAUUGGCUAUUGCAACCCACUGUUGCAAGGUGUUUCUCUAAAACAGAUGGUCGGUGUUCACAUAAGUCACAAGAGAAAAAAAUGCACCAUAUCACCUCCAACUCAGAAAAGUUUGCAAUCCUCUAAGGUAGAAAUCCUGCUGUACUGAGAGUCAGCACCGUGCUGCCUGAGUCUUACUUCUGUCUUCUGCAGAGGGCUCAUGCAGGCUGCUGGCAGCACCACGGCCACAGGUGAUGCUGCCCAGUGCAGCAGAGAGCUUCACAUCCCUGUGGCUCCGUGCCCUACCUGCGGCAAUGGAGCACAGGAAUAGCACUGCAAAGGCAAUUCCUUUCAAGUGGCCUUGUUGUUUUGCCAGCUGGUUGGAAAUUCCCAAACAGCAACAUCAAUUCUGGAAGAGUCACGUCUUCAAAAAGCUGUGUGACCUGCGGGUUUCGCUCCAGUUUCAAACCGAUGUAGACACCAAGGAGCAUCAAUCCGAUUGGGCUCAGUCUCCUGGGAUCUGGUGCACAAAAGAGCUGCAGCAUCCAAUUCCUGUUCAGGCAGUGAAUAGGAGUAAAACAUUACAUGUUCUUGGUGCUGAUACAAUUAAAAAACAAAACAAAGCAAAACAAAAAACACCCAACACACAAGCUCCUGAUUUGCUUAAGCUCUUGCAGUAUUUUAUCUCAAGAAUAGUUUUCAUCUGUCUGAAGCAUAACGCUACAUAUUUUGUGAAGGAUUUUUCAUUAACAAUAUAGAUUAUAAGAAAAAAGUUCAAGUAGUCAUAACAACAAAAUAAAAGUGCAGCCUUAGACUAUUCAGUAAGAGGGUACUGAAUUAUUUAUAACUCCUGGGCACCGACAACAAUCACAGACAUCUAAUUUAAGCUGUUACUAUUUUUACUUGGCAAUUUCCAUCACUUAAUGUGUUUAUAUUCAUGUAUUUGUUGUUUGAUCUUGUGCAGGACAAAAUUCCCUCUACUUACGUAAAAAUGCCUAUUUGGGACUUUUGAAGAUAUUUUUCUGCAGUAACUUAAACUAUUUUAAAGCGUUUUGUGACCUAGUAUGGCAGAGGUUACAACUUUGAAAGCUGUAAACUCUACCUAAAAUGGGCUUGAACUUGCAGCUCCUUCUCAAGUAAAAUUCCCUUUGAUUAUAGGUAAUUGGAAUCAAUGAGAAGUUUGUUUCAUUAAAACUGUAAGACUGGGUCCUACCUAUCUGUAUACGUCAUGGGGGACUUAGGUUAGGGGGGCUGUAUUUGUAUGUCAGCCCACUGCAGGAUCUUUUGCAUAGACGCAAGAACAGUCGCUACUAAGUCUCUCCUACUUUAUACCAAUCUCUUUUUGUAAAAAAAAAAAACCACAACCAUUAUACUCAUGUGGCUGGAAUAAUGCAGUGGUAAUUGUAGCCCAUAGGCUGAUACAGAUAUACAUGUAUAUAUGUAUAUAUAUGUAUACAUCUUUGUAAAUUUAUGAAAAAUGUCCAUAGAUUCAUGACUGCCUGAAGUAACCCGAGGUUGAUGUACAGAAUUUCAGGCAGAGGACUGUUUCUUUUUCACAACCCUCAUGUAUCUCAGAUCCAAAUCAAAACAAAUGAAAAAGUAUUAUUUCCCAGGAAAACCCUGAUUCUGCCAUUGCACCAGUCUAGGAGGGGUAUCUCGCCACAGUCAGUGGUAUGCACACCCACACACAUAUAUCCAGUCGCAGGACUGGGUCUCAAGGGCUUCUCUAAGGAAGAGAAAUGGACUUUAAAAGCCAUGGCAGCAUUUCUGUUCCACUCCAGCUCUCUAGACUCACUUAUCCUCUACCAAGAAGUCCUUUGUACAGAUGGUCUUCUUCUGCACUAGGUGUACGUCUGUGAGGAAGACCUCCGUGGAUGAAGUCAAAUUACACAAAAGCCUGGAUUUUCUGACCUGAAUCCAUCCCCAUUAACCUUAGGCACUUAAUUGAGCUGUUGGUGUUGAUGGUCUUGUCUGCCUUGAUUUCUCGUAUAGUUAAUGAAGAGAGACAGUUGCUUCUAGGUGGUGACUGAGUAAAACUGAGAUCUAACAGAGUUUUGGAGUUCCUUCUCCCUCCAUGGGGUGACCACUCACCUAUUUUAAUCUUAAAUCCCAGUGGGAUGACUCAAGGACCUUGUGCAGAAGAGCAUCCAUACGGAGAUCAGUUGUGGUGCUCACCAUGCAACAUGCAGCAAAAGGAGAUGUUCACAGCAGCCUUCUCCACCCCAAACUGCAACACGGCUGCAAAGUCAUUGCAGCACUUUCCCCAGUCCUUGGAAAUUGCAUUUGUAGCGGGUUCCUUAUGGUGAUCUCCAGCUGUAGACCACUGUAUGGUCCCAGUGCUGGAGGUCGGAGACCUUUGGUCUGAACUCGUCACCAUUCUCUGCCAGUUCGGGCAUUGAUGAACCAGUGCAAUGAGUGAAUUUGCAUCCUAAAAGUUUGAAAAUCUAAGAUGCUCAGAGAUUACUUUCUUGCUCCAUCUCCAAACUAGCCUGGAAAAUGUCAUCUAGUUAGUAGUGAGGAUCAAAAACAUUCCCCUCCAAGGUAAAGUUUGGGUAUUUUUAUUUUUAUUUUUUCCAUGUUAACAACUGCUUUACAAACAGCUUACAUGGAGCUUAAAGAGAUUGCAAUUUCAUCCCUUAUUGUUGGGAUUAUAGUUGUCCUCAAAAAAACUGAACCAGGGACUCAACAAGAGAAUGAACUGUGACCGUGUUAUUCAGAAAGCUGCUCUGACAAGGCUGAACAUACAUCUCCAUCUCAUGGCGAGAGUCUCUCAGAGCUGAAAUCUGGAAUCAUGUAUUGACACCAGGUUGGAAAGUCCAGCAAAAUAAUCCAGUAUAAGAACUUUGAAGUGCUUGUAUAUUCCCAUAUUUUACCUGAAUAAAGUAAACACAGUCAGGGGAGUGGAGGAAUUAAACCCAUUUCUGAGAACUCCAGGGCUAAGUGAACUUUGGCUGUGGUGGCAACAGAUGGUCACUACUAUUUAUUUCCACAGCUAAAGUGAAGUCAGGAAUUUGACAAUGCUCACCCAUCUCUCAGAAUUAAUUUAUUUCAUUCUGAGAAUGAAAUAAAUGAAAUGUUGGUGUUAUGGCAAGAAGAACUUCAGAUGGCCUGCAGGGACCUAUAUAGUAAAUAUUCAAUACAGUGUACCAAUACUUAGGGAGAGACUUCAGCAAGAAAGUGGGAGAUAAAACUGAGUUCCAGGGAUCAACAGAUAUUUUUCAGCACAGUACCUCCUUGUCUAAUUUGUACUGUUUCAUCCUGACGUUCCUCUCCUGCCCCCCCUUUCCCUCUUUUGAGGAGUCAGAUGUGUAUAUCUCUCUUUCUCCCUUGUCCUCUCUGUGUGAGAAUAUAGAGAUGCUUCCUGUAAAGACGUUUAUCUCUAAAUCCCAUUCCGUACCGACUCUUGCAUAUGUGACUGUUUUGUUAUUUGAGAUGUCUGUGAAAAAGAAAUAAAGGCUUUAAGAGUGAACUCUGGAAAUGAGGAGGAGCUUGAGAAUAAAUCAUAUUUAAGGAUUCAGCACCACUUUCUGCAUGACUUUUGAGAACGGUCACAAAAUUUCAUCAUUGUCCUCUCCCUCUCUCUCUGUGAGAGGGAUGGGGAUGGUCCUGAUGUGGGACUCAGAGGUUGCUGUAGAGCUCACUGUGUCCACGAGGGUUUUGCAGACUUUUUGGAGGGUUAGUGUCAAAGAAAACCUCCUUUUCAAAGGCAAUGAAGUCCCUGUGCAACAUCAGUUGGGAGGGAGGCUCUGUGGGGUGAUUCUGUCCCAGUUUACCUUUCUUUGCUGUUCUUUACGAUAGCCCUGUGCAUCCAGCCAUGCGCACCGCGCCCAGUGCUGCCUUCUCCAGACUGCAUUUAGAUUAUUUCCUUGGAGAAUGCUUUACUUUCUGUUCAAAAAACGUGUCACCUCUGAAUGAAAGCCACAAUCGGUCCUGUGACCCUGCAGCAGGGGGUGAGCUCAUGGCCUCUGGUGGGAUGGCCGCAAGGCCUUGGCACCGGGACAAUCCCAGGGGGAUGGAGAGGGGCAGGAGAAUGGGCCCAGCACACGUGGCCGUCUCACAUCGGGGCAGUAAAGCAUCCCACCCUGUUUCAUGAACCACUUGGCCACUGCAGAUCUGUGGGGCCAACUCCUCGCUGUCUCACUUUUGCCAUCACAUGGUCCUACAGCCAUGGAGAACCACACCUGUGUGAAGGCCCAAGCCUUUUGCACAGGCCUCAGAUCAGGCUCGCAGCUGGUGCAUCUCACACGGGCAUUUGGAGUUUCUUCUGCCACAAUACACGAUCUACCAACUGACCAAACGUUUUUGGAGGGUUCCCCUUCUGUGACUCCCUCGUUAGUCCUCUGUUCCUUAAGGAAAAACAUCUUUCUGCUGAGAGGAGAUGAAACAGGUCCCACAACCUCUCUUUCCUUUAGUGAUGACAAAAGUUGCAGUCAUCACUUUCUGACAGUUUGGGAAGACUUAGCAUAAUAAUUCACUUAAAUGCCUGCAAACUGAAACAUGUCAGCACUUCUCUAGGGCAUUCCCAAGUGAAAUGAUAUGACUGGUACAAGACAUUUGUCAUGCGAAUGCAUCUUGGCCAGAUGUUUAUGUUUCCUCUAAGUGCAAUACAUAUGUAUCAACGCUGGAUUAGAAACGACCUAGAAUGCCACACACUCAGGCUUAUUCAAAGAAAUGCACUGGUAUGUUGCAUUUUCCUGGCAUAUUUUCUCUUCAGAAAAUGUUACAAAUACGAGUCAUGCCAGGCCUCUCAGAGGCAGGUAGGUAUUACCACCAUUUUAGAGAUGGGAAACAAAAAGCUGGGGAAAAGACCUGAUGUUUAGUGGUGUGUUGCACCCUCACAGCUUCCAUUAGCUGCAGGUGAGCCUUCUGUUUUCAGCACUUUUGAAAAUCCAGACUGUAGCUGUUCCAAAUCUGCAGUGGCUGUAAAUGUGGAAGCUAGGAGUAGGACAUUCGGGAGAUCCCAACUUCAUCAGAGCACUGCUACGAAGAUUUGACCCCACAAAGCACGUAAGCACUUGCCUAAUUUCAAGCAUGAUUGUCCCAUUAAUGAUGCUAUCGCCGUGCUUAAAGCUAGGCACACGCCUAAUUGCUUUGCUAGACUGGGAAUUACAUUAAAAUACACUAAACUUUAGAGUAUUUGGAAAUUCCCAAAAUGUGUUCAUUUCUGAUAAUGUUUCAGGCAUUGUCAAGGACAUAUGAACUGUAUAUGCAGUGCAAUCCGUCUGAAGUAGCUCGACCAAGAGGACCACUUUUAGCCAACAAGCAAAGAGUUUAAUGUGUUUGGGACAGUAGCAUCCAGCUGUCGGAAGUAAUCGAGGGUGGCGUGUACUGCAGGAGUCUUACUUCUGCGCUGCUGCAAGAGGCAAAGUGGCUCCUGAGGCUAUUGGUGCUAACAAAAAAUUAACAGCAAAUGAUUACUGCGUUAGGCUGUUCUGGUAAGAUGGGAAUGUGUUGGCUAAUUUCACAAGGAAUGCUACAUCUUAUCAAAUGUAUUGUACUCUCCAUUUCUUCCUGUAAAUUACUGCAGAAGAGAUGAACAGAAGUUGUUUAAACAUGACACAAACCCAAAAUUCUUGCUCCGUUAAUCCAAGGUGCUAAUCUGCAGACACGCAGGUGUUUGCAUACAUGCAUUGGUGUUUGCAGGACUGUGGCCCUGAAGGAUAAUUUUUGUGGCAGGGUUGAGGUCGGGGAACUAACACGGGGAAUUGACAAAGCCUGUGAUUCUGAAAUGGUGAAAGUUGAAGAAAGAGUCACAGGACUUUGCAAAAAAACUGGCUGCAUCUUACAAUUUUCCUUUUGUUUUGAUUUUGUUUGGUUGGUUUUGUUUUUUAUCCAAAUUGGCAGAGACUACUGUAUUUCCAUCGAUAAAAUCUCGUCUGGUAACUAACUAAACAACCUGUUCAUGGAAAA